AUGAAGUACUCAAUCAUCUUUGCUCUCGGCUCCGCAGCGCUGGCUGUAGCGGCUCCCGUCACUGUUGACGUCAACAGCCGUGAUACCACUGUCGUUACUGGCGGCACUGGCAUUGGGUUCGAAGGUAGCGGCCGUGGCGGCAACGUCGCCAACGGUGGUGAUGGUGGUAACACUCGCAAGGGCAAUGGCGGCAAUGGAGGUGCUGGCGGCAUCGCCAAACGCGAUACUACUGUCGUCACUGGCGGUACUGGCAUCGGAUUCGACGGCCGUGGUCGCGGUGGCAAUGUUGCCGAUGGCGGCGAUGGUGGCAACACUCGCAAAGGCGAUGGUGGCAACGGAGGUGCUGGCGGCAUCGGACGACGCUCGACAAUCGUCACCGGUGGUACUGGAAUUGGCUUUGAAGGCAGUG